GAAAAAUAAAAUAAAAUAAAAUACAGAGAAUCUGAAGAUUUCUCGAUUGGAGUGCCAGCUCUAAUUCUGGCUGCCACUAUGCCUCUGCUGGAAGAAAGUUCUCUGCCGAGGGACUGUACUCGAACUGUGCCAGUAGUCAUCAUUGGUAAUGGUCCUUCCGGUAUAUGCUUGUCGUACCUUCUGAGUGGAUAUACUCCUUAUUUAGAUCCAAUGGCUGUGCACCCAAACCCUAUCCUGUUUCGUAAACUACAGGAAGCCAAGCAGCUUCCCAUCACUGAACAGGAUUUGGAGUUUCUUUGUGAAGGUUUAGAGGGGCGUUCAGGGAACCCUGUGGCGGUGCUCUUCGAUACACUCCUUCAUCCAAAUGCAGAUUUGGGCUUUGAGUUCCCCUCUGUACUGCAGUGGAGGCUGGAAAAGAAACAUCAUAUUCCUCAUCUGGUCUUGGGCAAAGCUACUCCUGGUGGUGCCUGGCACGCAAUGGAAGGUUCAAUGCUGACCAUUAGUCUUGGUAUAUGGAUGGAGUUACCAGGAGUCAACUACAGAGAUUUGACCCCGGGCAAAAGGAGGUCGGUGUCCAAUGAUCGAGCCACUCCAGAUGAGAUCUCUUCCUACUACAAAAAUUAUGUCAAGCUCAUGGGUCUCCAGAAGAACUUUGUGGACAAUACCUAUGUCACCUCUGUUCAAAAACUUCACCGCAGUCAUGAAAAAAGUACUGGGGAUGAAAAGAACACUGUAAAUGGUCAGCUGAAUGGUGUGAAAAAUGGGUUAGAUUAUUGCAAUAAGAACAGAACUGAGAACAGUCAGAAUGGACUGGUAAAUGGGUUUAGCAAUGAGUUACAAAAUGAAAUGGAGAAAAGCAGUAGAAGUGGUGAUACUGGGGAGGAGGAUGAAGAUAAUAGAGGCAAAGAAGGAGUGAGAGAGAGUAUUGGGUUUUCCCAAGGAAAUUCACAGGGACUCUGGGAGGUCAGGGGCUACCAGCAGCUCCAAGGUGACACUCAUGUCCCUUUCAGCUUAUUUGCAGAGAAUGUUGUCUUAGCAACAGGGGCAGCGGAUUCUCCAGCUCGAUUGGGAGUAGAGGGGGAGGAUCUCCCUUAUGUGUUCCACAGCGUACGUGACCUUGGGGUGGCUGUCAGCUGUCACAGCAACCUGAGCUCUUCCCCUGACCCUGUUCUGGUAGUGGGGGCGGGGCUUAGCGCAGCCGAUGCAGUGCUGUGUGCCUUGAACCAUAGGGUCUCUGUGUUGCAUGCAUUCCGUAAGCGUGCUGAUGACCCAGGUCUCAUCUUCAAACAGUUGCCAAAGACACUUUACCCUGAAUAUCACAGGGUCUACCACAUGAUGUGUUCCCAAGUUUACCCAGCAUCCCCUGUUGCCAAUCCCACAGCUCCUAGUCCAUCUUUGUUCCCUGACUACACCAGCUUCCCUGAGCACUGUGUGCUCUCCUUCCAGCCUGACAUGCACUGCGUGAUGAGGGGAUCCAAUGGUGUCCUUAGAGUCUUCAAAGUCUCUAUGGUGCUAGUUCUUAUCGGGACCUAUCCCAACUUGUUUUUCUUGAAGGAGCAAGGGCAAUACCUUGGCUUGGAUCCCAGCAAGCCAAUCUCCUGCAGACAGAAUCCUGUCGACAUAAACCCUUACACCUUUGAGUGUAAUGCUGACCCUGGGCUCUUUGCCAUGGGACCCCUUGUUGGUGACAACUUUGUACGUUUCUUAAAGGGUGGCGCUCUUGGCAUUGCUAGCUGUUUGCGCAAGAGACUGAAACAUAGGAUUGAGAAGAACAGGAAAUUGAUCGCCAAGGAAGGAGGGUGUGGAGGACGGGGAAGAGAAGGAAGUGGGGGCGGAGGAGGAGGAUUUGUCUAAGGCUCCAAGAGAAAGUGCUUCAUGAUGAGUCCUGGAAUACAUAAAAUUUUUAUAUGUAUGCAGUGAAUACUAAUAAAACUACAACUUUUCUACAA